UCCUUCUGGGCCGUCCUCAGAGCCCAGAGGUUAAAACAGAAACACACACCGAGCCACCGUCGGUUCUGGUGCCGCUGGAAGACAAAAUGUGGCUUCGAGAGGAGCUUCUGAAAGCCAUUUGGCACGCAUUCACAGCCCUGGACGUGGAUCACCGUGGAAAAGUCUCCAAAUCUCAGUUAAAGGUGCUGUCCUACAACCUGUACACGGUAAUGAAGAUCCCCCAUGACCCCAUGAGCUUUGAAGAGCAUUUCAAAGACGAUGAUAAGGGACCUCUGUCUAAUGAGGGAUACAUGCCAUACCUCAACAGGUACAUUCUUGACAAGGUGCAGGAGGAUUUUGACGUGCUGGAGUUCUACCGCAUGUGUUGGACUUUGUGUUACAGGAAAAAUAUACACCCUCAACGUCUAAUCAUCUCAGAUAGCGAUGCAUUCAAAGUCUGGUGCAUUUUUAACUUUCUGUCGGAAGACAAAUACCCUCUUGUGAUAGUCUUUGAGGAGGUCGAGUAUUUUCUGCGAAAGCUGAUGGAGGCCAUGGGAAUGGGAUGGUGUGAGGAAAGGUUCACAGACUACAGGACGAAGCAGAGCACCAAAAGUUGGCUGAAUGUGUGGGAGCUGAUUGAGCUGGUGGGAGUGACAUACUUCAGCAAGGACAUAGACAGGCAAAUCCUGUCAAUGUGCAUCAACGAAGUGUUUUCGGAGCUCAUUCUGAACAUCCUCAAGCAGGGUUACAUGAUGAAGAAAGGCCACAAGAGGAAGAACUGGACCGAGCGCUGGUUCGUCCUGCGACCCACCUCGCUGUCCUACUACGUCUGUGAAGACCUCACGGAGAAGAAGGGGGACAUCGUCCUUGACCAAAGCUGCUGUGUGGAGUCUCUGCUAGAUAAAGAUGGGAAGAAAUGCCUUUUUAUUAUUAAGUGUGUUGAUAAAAGCUUUGAGAUCAGUGCUUCGGAUAAAAAGAAGAAGCAGGAAUGGAUUCAAGCAAUACAAAUGUGCAUCCAGCUGCUCAGGCUGGGUCUACUGUCUCCCCACCGCGACGCCCUGCUGAGGCGUCGGGAGCUCCGGCAGAAGCAGCAGCUGGAACAGGAAGACCUGGCAGAGAGGAUGAAGAAUCUCCAGGCAGCUAAUGAGGCCAAACAGAGACAACUGGAGGACAUGAGGAUGAAAAUGGAAGAGGCCACAGCCAAAGCUGCACUGGAGGAGCUCAGAAGGAAGAAGAAGCAGUCGGACUUGCAGGAUCGCUACAGAUUAGACUUGGAGAGAGAAAAAAUGGUGCGGCAGGAGAUGGAGGAGCAGAUGGCUCAGAAGUCCAGCGAGCUGGAGCAGUACCUUCAGCGGGUCCGAGAGCUCGAAGACAUGUACCACCGUCUGGAGGAUGCCUUAGAGGACGAGAGACAAGCCAAGCAGGAUGAGGAGGCCAUGAGGAAGCUGCAGGCCAGGUUGUUGGAGGAAGAGGCGGCAAAGAGGGCAGAGCUGGAGCAGAUCUACCUGAAACAGCAGAGGGAGCUGUCUCAGACGGAGGCGGAGAAGGAGGAGCUGAUCGCUGAGCAGCUGGCCAAGGAGCGAGAGCUGCAGGCAGCAUCUCAGCAGCUGGACAGGCUGGAGAAAGAACGGCAGGGGGCGCUGGAGCAGUAUCAGGAGGUAUCGAAAAAACUGGAGCGAGCAGCUAACAAGACUAAGACUUGGAAAGAUAAGGUGGCCAAACAUGAGGGGCUAGUUCGUCUCAUCCAGCCAGGUCAUAAAGGACCUCAAAGGAUCACUAACUGGGGCCUGGCCUCAUUCACUGACAUUGAGCUGGAGCAGAGGAAGAAGACCUGGCAGGAGAAGAAGAACCAGGGAGCUCAGACUCAGUGAGGGUUUUAGAUGAUCAGGACAAAUCAGUGCCUCUUUCACUCUUCAUUGAUUUCAAUCACCAUCAUUUAGUUAACAGAUUGAACUCAUAAGUUUUCUGGCAGUAGUAAAACACCACUAUGAAGGUAUGAAAAGGUUUUUAAUCAUGAGCUUACUGAGCAAUACAUCACCUGUCUGAAUUAUCUUGUCUGGACUGCUUAAAUAAACUGGAUGUUGCUAUUUCCCCCUGCGAGAAAAUAAAAUCUCAAACUGACUUCGUAAGAAGAAGCUUGAAAAAUAAUCUUCUGUCACUAUAAAAUUACUUGUUUCUUGCAUUUCUUUUAGUCUCUAGAGACCCUUUUUCCAGCGGUAAAAGAAAAUUUAAAUAAGGCAACUUAAUUACUUUUUAAUGUCAGAAAUUAACAGUCCCAUUCAUUUCUAUUUAACACAUUUAUAUGAUUCAGUAUAUCUACUCCAUUAUCAUCCAAUCUGUCUGAGUCUUCUUCUAAACUGGUUGUACCAUAGAGUCUUCUACUGAUAUUUGGCACAACUAAAAGUCGACACAUUAUCUGACUGCCAGUUCUUAAAAUUAGUAUGACUGAAAUAAAUCUUUUGUAAUGAACACUAUUCAGUUUUUUACAACAGCGGUAAUGGUUUCUUUUUGUUUCUGUCUUAAAUAACCAUUUUCACAACAAAAGCUAUAUUAAAUGUAACUGGAAAGACAAGCAGUUUUUUGCUUUACAUUCAAA